AUGCCCAAAGUCUCCUCCACCUCUCGCAACUCUCCCUCGCCUCCUCAGUCCCUCCACACCCUGCGCAGAAACCAGGCCUGCCAUCAGUGCCGUAGGCGCAAACUGGUCAGUCGCUCUCGGUCUCCGUCCUCCCACCCGACUUACCUACCCGCUUCCUCCCCGCCUUUUAGAAAUGGUCCGCCGCUUCCAUUCGGCCCUUGCCCGAUCCCCGAGCACACUAACCCCGCAAUCCUCCCAACAGCGACGCAAAACGCCCUUGUUCCACCUGUGUCCGCUCUCAUUCACACAGAGUUGCCUGCUCUUCCCCAAUGCACCUAUGACGAAGUGGAAGCAGGGAGCGUCGAUUCUCCGGAGAAUCCAAAUACUCGCUUUGAGCGUCUGGAAAAUAGAAUUAACGAGCUGGAAACGUUGCUGCGCGAGAAAGAUCGAAUCCAGAGCUUCCAUAAACAAUUUGCCACUGAUGUCACGAACCCGCUCCGGGAUCCCCUAGCCCAGGCUCUCUCGAUCAACAGCCCCUUCCAACCGGAUGUCGGCAACAGUCUGUCAUUCCCUAAUCAAUUCCCAGAGAAUACUCUCGAUAAUUUGGCAGACAUAGCCAGCCUUGUUGGCACGGUCUCUACGUCAAUCGAGCCGGAUUCACGCGUCGGGUCGACCUCCUCGCCCCUGUUGAAUGAUGCCGUGCCGACCGCCAUGAUAAACGGCAUGGAUCCUGCCACGGGCAUCUCCUACAACGCCUGGCCUCGGAAUCUCCCCCAAUUUCCUCUUCUGCGUCAUCUUGUUGAUACGUUCUUUGUUUGUUACCCCCACGCCGUUAAAUUGUUCCACCACUCGACGUUCAUGGCCUCGCUAACAUUACCUCCGACGCACCCUAAGUUCCCAGCCGCGUCGGUGCUCCACGCCAUAUGUGCCGUAGGUAGCAUGUACACCUCGGUCUUGCCCCGUCCGACCAAUCCACAAUCAGCGGCCUUUUCUCCCUCAGAUGAAAUAUUUCCAGACAAGUACAAGUUGGCUGAAGGGAUACCUGAUUCAUUUUCAGAAAUCCAGGCCAAGCACGCCAAGGCAGCCUCAGAAUCCGCGAUCGACGUCGGAAGAGAAUUAUUCCAAAAUGUACAAGCACUCACGGUGCUCGCCUGGUGGUACUGGUGCAAUGCCAAAUGGGCGGAUGCAUUCUUGUGCACCUCCCAUGCACUCCGAUAUGCGCUCCCGUGCGGUCUCAACGUCUGCCCCCCGUUUCACUCCAUUGCGGAGACAGUGAGGCCUACGUCUUUAUUGGCGCCAGCAACAGACGUCAUUGAAGACGAAGCAUCUGUAGCUUAUGCGAUCGAGCGCACUCAUGGAGUUGGGAAUAAUUGGGCAAUGACACUGGAUGAUCAGGAUGUAUCUCAACUGCUUCCCCUUCGUCGGGACCAGUUCGAGCAGGGAAUACUUGUCGUGCCCCAAGAGCGACAGUGGUCACACGACAACAACGUUCUCCUCGUGCACCCUGACGACCAGACGGACUCUUUCAUCUUAUACAUCAAAGGGACCAUGCUACUGUCAAAAGUGAAGAACUUCAACCUGCGCUUCCGUCACCGGAUUCAUACCGGAGAUGCGUCGACCAUUGGAUUAGGACCUUCGUCAUUGGCGGGGAUACUACGUCCAAAAGACUACGUGGACUUUCGCGAGACGCCUGCAUUCAUGGAGAUAGACCAGCUUGUAGCUCUGUUUAAAACAUCUUUCCCCAAUUCUUGCAAAAACCCGCUGGAGGAUCACGUGGACGCCCUCCUGUAUGCCGCUUGUUUGUCGGCACAACUUGCUGACAUCCUCCUCCACGAGCCUCACGCCAUUGUUGGACGGGAUUCGUGCAGAUCAUCUUGUCGUAUCCUCCAAGCUGCGCGCGCAAUUCUAGAGUUACUAUAUAGCAUAUGCGCGACCAGUUAUGACUUGCAACUCUUGGGGCUAUUCCCUGUGAUGUGCUGGUUUAUGGCCGGGCGUGUGCUGGUUCGCUUCUUGCGCGCCGCCAUCGACUCCAACAGCGAGGAAAUGACCACUGCCGUCCGAAGCGAAGUCGACUUUAUCUUAAUGGUCCUCUUCAGAGUGGGCGAGCAUGUCCCGCUGGCUCACCGCUACGCUAGAAUGCUGUUCGAUUUUAUUGGCCAAAUUUGCGGCGAAAGCUAUGCUAUGCAGGUCUCGAGUGUGCCAUCGCCACAGCAAGGCUAUGUGUCGAGUAGCGACACAAAUGGUUUUGCCAACAUCCGCCCGGCGGGGGUGGCUUGA